AUGUCUAUGCCAGCCUACGUUAUGCAGGAACUGCGCAAUACAGUUGCAGUGUACUGCAGGGAGUUGGUCAUGGGAAACAAGGACAUGAAAGAUUCAUCCCAAGAAGACAUGAUGUACGCAUGUUACCACGGUGAUACAACAAGAAUGUCUCACGUGGAAGGCUUGACGAAAGGCGAAGAGCCAUUCACAGAGAUGUUCUACAAGUUGGAAUUAGAGACCAAUAGAGAGGGCAAUGAGGAAAGAGCCCAAGCGAAGGUGAAUUACAUGCUGGAGCUGAAAGGAACUUUUCACUUGAUCUUAGACAAACGCAUAAUUGUUUAUGAGAAUGGUUUCACAGAAAAGUCUCUUUGCGAAGAUGGCAAAAGUGGCAAAGUACAAAAGGUGUCCGCCAGAAAUAUCUAUGAUAAGGCCCGCUUCAGCAUCGCCAACUACCGGAUUGCACUGGUCUUCUACAAAGAAUAUUCCGGAACACUAGAACCUGGAGUCAAUCCAUCUGGCCAGAGCUUUGAUGAUAUGAUUCUCUAUGUGCGCAGGAAGAUGUUCAUUGCCCUGGAAGGAAAGACACGUAAAAGAACAUUGACAAAGAAAGAGAAAGAAGCAGGGAAAGUGUUCGAUAAAACAGAAGAUGAUAUGCCCGAAAAGUAUCUUUUCCAGGGCUAUUUCGCAUUUUGUCUUUGGGGCCCAAUCCCUCUUUCUGGAAGGACGUUAUCCUGCUUUGCCGCUGACCACAAGAGUAAGGUUGAAAAGAAGUCACGAAAAGAUGCAAGGGAAGAACAGGCCAAGCAGAAGGCCUACGAGCGCUCAGUUGAUGAAGGAGCUGACGAAACCUUCAAGAGGGGUGUGCCAUUACAAGAGAAAAAGGUUGCUAUUCAGAUGGCUGCUGCCGCCCAUGCGAAUGAACAAAAAAACGCAAGGGAUUUGCUUGCAAUCGCCAACGCUGAUCAUGCCGCCACCUCCAAAGAGUUCUUCCAAGUGCUCGAAGCCAUGAAGGAUGCCGCCACACCAGAUGAGAGGACGAUGUACCAAGAGUGGAAGCAAGGGCUUUCUGCUGAACUCACCAACAUUCGAAAGAGAAAGAAGAAGCUUCAAGCUGAUUGCGACAGACUCAUGCAAAUGCCAAAGAUAAGCACUGCAAUGUCUGACGAGUACUAUGGUCGUGUUGUUGUUCCAGCGCCAGGCACACUGCCAAGUCCUCUCACUGUUGAUACUGCAGUUGCAACUGGAGUUGGCAGUGCCAGCGAAAAGAGAACUGCAGUCACUCUUGCCUCCCAAGGAAGUGUCCCAGCCAGUGCAACCGACACCGGUUCUCUACGCAAGCACCUUUUGCAAGACACAGUGACGGUGGAUUCACAACCGUACAGCUCGCAGCUGGCAUGUACAUCUGAAUUGCGAGGUCAUACACGGUUGGAGAAUAUGUCUGAUGCUGCCUUUCAAGAGUUCGCGCAACAGCAAUCACAGAAUGGUGGAUUGGAACAGUACCUGCAAGAACGACAGUCAUCGGAGAACAACAACCUUUCCCAGGAGACCGAUGUCAAUGGCUUCCAACAGUUUUUACAGCAACAGCAGCAGCGCAAUGUGACACAGGAGGAAGAAACAAAAGCCGAUGAGGAAGACAGUGACUUAGAUCCAUUCAACGACAACGACAGUACAGCAGCCAUGAUUCGCAAAGCAGAGGAAACAAUUCAGCAGGGAAAACAAAAGGGCGAUGGCACAAUUCAUCUUGACGAUGACACUGACAGCGACGUUGAUGAAUAG